AUGAGCGCGCACAGUGGUCAAUCGAUGCAAGAAACUUUCGAACAUAUCUACCCAUCGUUGCUUCAAUGCUUUGCUGUGAUUCUUCUUGGCUACUGUAUUGGAAGACUCGGUUAUAUUUCUCCUACGUCAAGCAAAGGCAUUGGAGUAUUUGUGAGCCUUGUAUCUCUACCCGCGCUAGUUUUCAAAUCCAUGGUCGAGUUGGACUAUUCUAAAGUCAACUGGCGUUUCUUAACCAGUAUUCUUAUUGCAAAGAGCACCGUAUUUUUUGCUGUGGUAUUGUUUACGGUAAUUCUUGUGCGCCCUACCAAUUUUGGAAAAGCUGGAAUAUAUGGGAUAUUUUGCAGUCAAUCGAAUGAUUUGGCUCUUGGAUAUCCACUGGGUAAGUGUUACGUAAUUUGUUAGUAUCAAAUGUUUAUAAUUUCCAGCCAGUCCUAUAAAAGUUAUUCGAAACACUGGUGUAACUACAAGAGUAUUUGUAAUUUUUUGUCCAUUUUAAGUUUUUUUGUCAAUUAAUGUCAGACGCGUUGCGUAAUCAUUCUUUCCUAAACAUUCCAAACUUCACCAUGUCAGCGCUUGUAAAAAAUUAAUACUUCCUGUAAUAUUGCAUAACGUAGCGAAUCAUAGGUUUCACAUGGGAAACCUAACAAUUUGGGACAAAAAUUGUCUUGUCUUAGCUUAUUUUGAAGAAAAAAAAGUUCUUUGUGCCGUAUUUUAAGCCAUUCCAUAUAAUUACCACCCCCCCCCCCCAUAGAUAAGGUAAGUUUACCCAUCUGAAAGAAGGAAAAAAGUCGAUAUCCCUCAAAAAAUUUCCAAAGAUUAAAGGUAAAGAUGCAGUAAUGCCCCCAGCCCCCACCCCCUGUCAAAAAAAUAUCAUCUAAAAGGGGGUGGGCUUCCAGGAGAGGGGGGGGAUGGACUUCCAGGAUGGGGGUGGGGGUAUUAAGUGGGAUGACCCUUUGUGUUCUUGAGUCAUUGUCUCGAUGUCUUGUGUUGAAGCAGGUUUACAUAUGCCCUCUUGUUUGAUAGUUAUUCCCACUCUAGUUAAUAAUUAACUCCUGUCAUGCUCUGAAAUUGAAAUUCAGCUUGUCCUUAUGUGGAAGAAGCAACUCUCACAUCUUGCUUACCCAUGGCCAUUGCAUACUUGUCUAAGUUUAUGAUUUAGUUAGAUGUUGCCUGGGCCUUUGCCCAUUGGGAGAGUGAGGAUAAAAAAGGGCUGGUUCCUCUGCAGCAAGAAAGUUAACUUGCCCUUUAUGACUGAAUGGGACUUUUUAAAGCCCAGUUUCCACCCAUUUCUGUGCUUAAGUUUUCCUCUUGUCAAGAACUGAAUGUCUUGUUUUGCAUACAGGUAUGAAUGAGUGAUAACUUUAUUUAUACACAGUUAAAUACAUCAGUCAGACGUAGGAAAUUAAUAUUAUUAAAAAAUCUCAAAACUGUUUUACUUAUUUUCCAUGUGGGAGUACUGAUCAGAAAACCAUCUAUGGGAACUUCUCUUAAAGAAACUUAAGGAAUUAGAUGUAUGUAUUUCCUCAGGAAGAUUGUUCCAUAGAAGAGUGUCACUGUAACGAAAGCCACGUUUCCAGGGCUGAAAAUAACGGCCGGUCAAUGGACAAUGUCCAGCCUGAUCGCUGACUUGACCGGUCAAACUCUCAUCUUGCUGGUCAUUUUGACCGGCCAUUUAUGGAUACGAACAUAUUUUUUUUUGCUGCUUUGCACAAAAAACUUCUAAGAAAAAGAACGCGGCAAUACAUUAAUUUCAUGUCGUAAUGGAACGCAACAAAGCGAAACAUUAACAAACUGAGUUGUGGAGUAACGUAACGUUGCUGGUCGUACUGUACUUUCCGCUUUGCUGUAAUUAGUAAUGUGACCUGCUUUGGGAAUUCGGGUAAAUCGAUUGCAAUUCUCAACAGACGUGAAAUCUAGAUUGUUGUCGUUAUCAUUUAGGGUCGUCCAAUAUUCCAUAAUCUCAGCUAAAAACGGAUCUCGUAGAUUGAGUAAAGGAACGUCUUUAGGGCUUAAGUUUCCCCAGAAAACUAAUUUCCCUCCGAAUUGUGCUAGGUGAUGAUUGAAAAAAAGCUUCCAUUUCCUUGUAUCUUGAUCCUCUAAAUAGCUUUUUACCCAUUUCAUUUUUAAGGCCUGAUCAAAACUAGCAAUAUCGAUCAUCUUUAGCCCUCCCUUACUGUAAUCAUGGAUCAUUUCUGUUCUUUUUAUUUUGUCCCCUUUAUUGUCCCAAAGAAAAUUGUAUAAUAGAGCAUGAAUUUCCUUUAUGACCCCUUUCGGUGUCGGAAGGGAGGACAAAACGUAAACAAUCUGAGAUAUUGCUAGAGCUUUUAGAAUGGCAGUUUUACCCAUAAGUGUGAGUCUUCUGGUCAACCAGCUCCCGAGGAUUUUUUUAAUCUUUUCGAUUUUCUCUGUGAAAUAAUAAUUUCUUUAUGUCGAACAUGAAUCUCGUUUUCGGACUCGAUUCCAGAAUACAGUGUAGUCUGACAGAAAUUUAAGCUAGUCGAGAAGGAACGUCGUCUAUCUCGCAUUUAAAAACAACUUUAUGCAAAUUUCUGUUGACAUUUGAGCCCUUCGCGAUAAAGUGUUGCGCGGUGACCCAAAUGAAAGCUCAGCUAUAUAUUAAUUGACUUCUGAUAAUAAACACACUGUUUGUGGAACAGACUUCUCGCGAAUGCAAAUAAACUUCUUCGCCAAAAAUAUUAGCGACGAUUCUUCUUUGUGGAGGAGAUUUUCGAUCACUUGCCAGGCAAGGAAAAAGAUCAAGUUUCACCGAUGUUCAUUUCAGAACAUCAACGUAAAACAAAUUUUUGCAGAAACCCAAGUUAUUUUUUUUCGUAAUUUUUAAAGUUUGUUGAACUGUAUGUGUAUUCCAUUUCCUGAACCUUGAGAGUUUGAAAAGGAUUUACGCUUCACUUUUUACCUUUAGAGACGUCAGAAACCGCCAUACCAUGAUAUUCAAGGUAGAACAGGCAUUAAAACCGCGGAAAGGAACUCUACAAUGUGUGAAUGCAUUUUUCACCAAAUUGCUGUCAAAAAUGUGAACGGACAAUGUAGUAAAAGCAAUCUAUUGCCAGCGUAAUUCAAAAUUCCUUAGGCAAAAAAAAUUAUAGUAUUCAUUAUUUGACCAGCCAGAAUCAGGGUUUGUCCGGGCUAAAAAAUAUUUGGCCGGUCAUCAUGACCAGCAACCUGCUAUCCGUUAUUUUCAGCCUUGCGCUUCAGGUUACCAGUUCUUGGUUUUGGGAGCAUUAAUAUUCUUCUUUCUUGGCAAAAUAGUAAUUUGGUGUUCUUGGGGCAAACAAAUCAGAGAGAGAAGCUGGGGCGAGAUAAUUAAUGCGCUUGUACAUUAAAUAAGCCUUUUGUUUAGCCCUUCUAACCAAUAAAUCAUCCCAACCAAGUGAGUUAAGAAGAUAUAUGGAACUCGCAUCAAUGGGCAAAAGCCCAGGUUGCAAUGACGUUGUAAAAGAAAUUGUAGUGGAGCUAAAAGCUCUAACUCUUUGAACUAGGGUGCUAAUUAGCAUAUCUUCAUAUUUUGAGCAAAGUCUAGGAUUUCCUCUUCAUCUGUAGUUUACAUCAAAGCCAGAGGCUACAUGCAGGCACUGCUUGAUCACAGUUCGGAGUCUUUCUUUCGAUUCACAACUCCUGCUUAAUUCUGUUGUGGAUUAAAAUUUCAUUAGACAAAAAUGGGCUCAUGUAACAGUUGCUAAGUCACCAAUGGUGCCUAACUCUGACCCCAAACAAUACUGAAACAAUUGAAAGAAUGACAUGUCAUUGUUUUCUGUGACAAAUCAGGAGAGACCUUACAAGCAGCUCCUACACAACUGCAAAAAUGUGGUCUUGGGUCAUUCUUUAAUAACAUCACAAGUUAAGAAGACUUGCCAAUAACGGUUUCCGGCAUUUUAUAGUAAAUUUCAGUAAUUGUCUACAUGUGGAAUUCUCAAUAUUUGCGUUCAAGCUACGAGAAGGCAACCCCUAAUUUGUGUUGGAUGUUCUUUGCAUUAUUGGGUGUCCUGUGCAAUUAAUAAGGGAGCUUUUUUUUUAGAUUGCAUUUUCGUCGUCGUCGUCGACACACAUUUACCUCGCUUUGAGGCGCUUGCUUACAUUUUGCCUUACUUUGACGCGCUAACUCACAUGGUGAUUCUUGGGUCCUGGGCAUUCAUCUUUCAAAGGUUUGCUGAGGUCUGAUAUUCUGGCUUCGUAACGCGUUCAUCUUUUAAAAGUUUUGCUGAAUCUUCAUAAAGCGUACAUUGAUCUGUGUUUGCUGAAUCGUCCAAAGCGCUCAUCUUUCAGAAGUUUGCUGUUAAAUUUUAAUUGGAUUAAGCCUUCAUAAUUAUUUUUCAGCAUGGUUCGUCACUGUCUUUGGAAAAUGUCUGCGACUCCUGGUGCAUGCAUCAAACCGGGUUUAGUUCGGUGGCGGUUGUGCCACAAAGUAAAUUUACCGAGUUUUGUAGCUCAGCAGCCGUUGUGCCACAAAGUAAAUCUACCAAGAUGUGAAGCUCGGCGGCACCAUUUGAUCAUGACUUGUGAUAUUUUCGGCACCAGACAAACGAACACUUUAAAGCUAUGUUAUUAAUUAGGAUAAACUUAUAAACCACUCUUGAGUCACUGAAACCAACACGCUCAACCAAACUACUUGAAAAGUUGUUGAUGUGAGCUGCACACACAUUCCAUUGAAGGCUUUGACAGGGUUAGUGGGAAGUUUGAAUUCAGAUGUGAAUUAGAAAGCUUUUAAAUCAGUAAAUUCAAUGUAAUUCAUUUUGUCAACAAGUUGAUGAUUGGAUGCUCUUAAAAAUAACAGAGGAAAUUAUCUGAAGAAAUGUUUUUGAAGAAUGUAAAAGAAUCUGGGGUUAAGCACUAAUCGGCCUUUGAGCAAUUGUGCCCUCUAACUUGCGCCAGUAAAACAAAAUGUUCUAUAUACACGCCCUACGCACUCUGGCCAAUGUCUCCUCCGAUUACAAGCACUUUACACGGAACCAUAUGAUAUCUUUUCAAAACCUUCUUAUAAUGUGAUACACAGUUUAAAUAGAGGUUUUGCUGCAUGCAACUCUUACAUUCAAAAUAUGCCAUAAUCAUAUUUAUCUAUAUUGCAACCACCCUUCCCCCUCAACUGUUACCUGUACGCCUAACAAACAUAUCGAACGCACUCUUCUAAGCUCUGAUUACUCCUAGUAAAUUUAAAUUAAUGAUUACAUCUAAAACUUGUCAACUGUUUGCUUUUUAACAGUACCUGGGCCGGGUUGUUCAAAGCUGUGUUAAGAUAACCCAGGAGGGGAGGGUUAGUGCGAAAUGUGAACUCAGAUGUGAAAGCUUCAUUUUGCCAACAAGUUGAUGAUUGGACGCUCUUAAAAAUAACUGAGAAAAUUAUUAGUUUUUUAACAAAAGAAAAAGAAACCCAAGUUAAGCGCUGAUCGGCCUUUUGCACAACUGCGCCCUGUAGAACAUCUAUUGGGCCAGUAAAACAAAAAGUUUGUUUUACACACCUGAAGCACUCUGGCCAGUGUCUCCUCAAAUAACAAGCACUUGAGACAGACCAUAUGAUAUCACGCUGAUCACUAGCCUUCAAAACCUUUUCAUUACGAUCCACAGUUUAAAUUGAGGUUUCGUUCUACGCAACCCUUACAUUCAAAAUGUGACAUAAUCAUAGUUAUCUAUCGCAAGAACCACCCACCUUUUCCCGUCAACUGCUACCUGUACACCUAGCAAACAUAUCGAAUGCACUCUCCUAAGCUCCGAUUACUCCUAGUUACAAUAGUAAUCCUUGUUUAUGUUGCAGUUGGGGCUAGUUUCUAAUGUACACACCUGUAUCGCUUGUUUUGUAUGGCUAGUAAAAAUAAUUUUCCUGCUGCAUAUCUCGUGGAGCACCGCAGGUGCACGUUCAAUUCAGUGGUACAGUAUUUAUCAUUGGCUUACUCUCAGCUCAUAGUCGGACUAUAAAAGGCCUAGUAAAAAGCCCGUGUCUCAUUUUGAGCUGUAUUGCUAAGUUGUAAUAGUUCAACUGUCCUGAAGUUUUUUAAUUCCCACCCUUCCCUUCCUUUGAUGGUUUUGUUGUUGUUAUCAGUAAACAUGGGCUCACCACUUUCUUUCCUCUUCUGUUUAAGUCUCCUGUGGACUUCCCCAAGCUUUCAUUUUAAUGCAAACUUUUAUAUUUGAUUGUAUUCCUGCACGUGCUGGCGGAGUUGGCUCGUAGUAUUGAUAAGAUAAAGUUCCUAGAACAGAAUAAUUGCCUACACCAUUCCAUUUAAUUGCACAAUGCUGGCUUGAGGUUUCAGCUUGUAGUGCAGUAUUUCUUUUGGACCUGCCUGAGCACGGAUAUGUAAAAUAGCGUCGGGGAGAUAAGUAAGGCUUUAUGGUCACGCUAUGGAAGUCGUCUGCCAUGUUGAUCACGGAGCAGUGUUCCCCCCUUUACGCCAUAUGUUUUUAUUGUUGUCAUGCUUUUAUUAAACUUUAAUUUAAAGCCUAGCCAAAGAACUGUGACAUUAAGGGGAAAAAGUGUUAUUAUUACGCUCAAAAAGGAAAACAACUACUUAUAUUGCUAUUUUAUUUCAUUGCAGUAAAAGCAAUAUACCAAGAUUUGCAUCCUGAAUAUGUAAACUACUUGUAUCUGAUGUUGCCAAUUUCUCUGGUAAUCCUUAAUCCCAUUGGAUUCAUUCUCAUGCAAAUACAGAAGCAGAAGCAAAGUACAACCGAAUCAAACAGCAAGCUAAAGAUUGCUUUUACAGCAUUCAAAGAAGUUGUCACUGAUCCUAUUGUUUUUAUGACACUUAUUGGUCUUGUUGGACAUUUUAUUUUUGAUGGUCACCUACCACAGGUUCUUGAUCAAAUCCUUAAUAGUCUUGGCCAGGCAUUUUUGGCAACAGCCUUGUUUUAUUUGGGAGUCAGGAUGGUUGGAAACAUGACAACUAAACUUGGUCGUGGGUUGCUGGUUCCCCUUUUGUUAAUUUCUGCAAAAUCGUAAGGAUUGUAGGAAGUUUACAAUGGUAUUGUUAUUUAACAAUUAUUCGCCGAAGGCGAAGUUAAUGUUGUUGAAUAAUAAUAUUAACUGAGCCUGAGGUGAAUAAUUGUUUUAGUAUAUUCACACGAAGUGAUCUCAACAGAAUCAGAAAGGAAACCAUUAAAAAACGAUUAGUUUGAUUGACGGGUGAAAAUUCAUGCGUGAAGCCGUAAACAGUGAAUGCGCAAAAGUUAGUAUAGGUCUUUACAGUAUCUUCAAACAUGGCAAAUGAUAGUUUUAAUCCUUUUGUAUCGAGUUUUGUAAGCUUUAGCAUCAACGGUUUAAAAGAAAACGCCGAAAAUUUAAAUUACUACCCAAUUCUCAGAAGAAAAGUAUCUAAAGCUUUAUUUGUUUCUGUCAACUCACCGUGAAUGAGAAAGUUUUCUUCGCCGCUUCUUGCAAAUGCUGUCAACAGCGGCUGCGAUCAAGGUGAGCGUUGAUUAUCUCUAAAGUUCUUUGCCGUGUUAACUUGCUGGCACGUACAAUUUUCGAAAAUAUUUGCCUUCCUCUCUUCUCCAUAAAUUAACUUCUAUUUAUAGGCAAAAUUGGUCUUGCGAGAAAAUCCCGAAAUCACAAAACGGUGACAAAGCGACCUCGUUUUCCUCUGUAGUGGUAAACAUAGCUUCGAGCGUACAAAACGUCAGCUAAAGUAAACCACUCCACAAUAAAUCACGCUGUUUAAACACCAUGAAGUCUUUUCUUGCCUUCAAAGUCAUCAGCAUUUGGAUAUUCGUGUAUUUUCAAAAAGGUUUUACUUUGAAACUUUGGCAAAACACCCAGUUCACGACAGCGAUUUUGUUCGGCUUUAUAUUCACCGCGUAGCGCGGUGAAUAUAACGUCAUAGUCCGAGAUAGCUAACCAAUCAGAUUGCUUGAAUUACCAAGAUCACUGAGUGUGUAUAUACUAAAUAAUUAUAGUCUUAAAUCAAAGUUGUCAAAUGAAAUUAAGAUAUUUCCAACAGAAAUACCACACACACAAGAUAGGCAUGCAUAGCAGCAGUAAAUUGAAACUUGUUAAGGUAUCAUCCACCCUCAAGCACCCUCCCUGCGUUGAUCGGCGCUAGCGCUUUUGCUUUUAACAAAUACCCCCAUAAACCGUACAUUUUCUUAAAGCUUAAUAGUUCCAGAUUAUUGCUAAUUCCUUUUAAAAAAUCAAAAUAUUAACGGGAUUCAGAAAUGAGAAGCUUUUUGUGAAAGUGGGUGUCACUGUAAAUUUAAGUCCAGGCCAGCCAAAAAUAAACGGAAGAAGCCAAUUAAGAUCCCAUUCGCUUCUUAACACUUUUGACUAAAAAACUGUGUCUCAGAUUUUUGUCAAGUGGGUUUGUUCUUUUGUUAUAAGAAGUUGAAAUCAGGGAUAGCAAAUCAUUAGCACUACCUGUGAAAAAAAUACUCUUACUCGAAAACGAAAAAAGAAAUCAAAAUUCACAGACACUUUUUUUCAGAAAAACUAUCUGACGAGAAGUUGGCCAAAUUUCAGCCAAAUAUGUUCAUGGGUUGCCGACUUGGAGUUUAAAACAUACCCUAGACUUGCCCUGAUUUUCUUUUCGAGAAAACAGGGGAAAAGGAUUUUUGGCGGUGUAUUACCCGUGACGGGAUUAUAACAGAUUAUAACACCAAAGCUGUCAAUGUUGAUGCGUACCAGAAAAGGGACAACAACAGUGACACAGCAGGAAAAGGUUACAAACGAAACCCGACAACAAGUUAUUUCAAAGGCCCUGCUCUGUUCGAUCCUUCAGUUGUGGAGAAAGCAUUUUAGUUACUUGUGACGGGCAGUUUUCAUUUUGAGCCAAGCCAACUUUUACUCGAUACAUUUUCUAAAAGUUCGACACUUCCCUGGAAAAAUCGACAGCAAACAGCUUCCUGGAGUUUUUCUUGAAGCUGUGCUCCUGCUACAAGAGAUUUUCAAAAAAGUCCUUUGUCCAAUCUUUUUUAUGGCAUGGGACCAGUCGUGAAUUUGUCACUCGCUUGGCCUCUUCGCAGCCUAAAAAGCUCGCUCCGCUCGCUAAGAAACUCGUGAAACUCGAUUUCGCAGUAGUUUCAAUGGGUUUUUCAGAAGCUUUGUCAUCUUUUAGCCAUUUUUCUUUAUUGUAGUAGAAGCCCUUGUCGCUCUCUGCUAAUUUCAAAGCCCACACUUUCCAAACGAUUCUGUCGUCUUGGAGUAGAGGAUGAAAACGGACAAGCUCUUUUUUCUUCUUUGGAGGCAUUCACUUCCAAAAUCCAGGGGAAAACAGUGAGCACUAGACUACGAUUUCUGUCAAAUUGCGUGAUUAGCUUGGUUCAACAGCGGCAUGCGUAUCAAGUAUGACAGGACUUGUCAACGAUCAAUUAAAAAAAUUAGCAUAGAAAAAACUGUAAUUAUCUCAAAAUUGCUACCAGAAGUGAAGUAUCUGGUUAGGCUGUGGCUGUGCUCUGAGAAAAGGUUGUAGGGCACCUAAAAUAUCCUGUAAACCAAUCAAAUUCAGGUUACCAGGCAUGUGAGCCUUGUGUAAAAAUAAUCUAAAGGUUUCUUGUUGAUCAAAGGCAAAACUAAGGCACUGUUUGCCAUCACGCUUGGAGCGUAGUCACAGUGCCUGAUUAUAAUACUCACUUGGUACUAAUUUGAACAAUCUAAUUUUUUUUAUUAAGGAAUACCACCUAAUAGUCUUUAGCUACAUUGUAUUAUUUUUUUCUUUGGAAAAUAAGAACCUAAUCAAUAACCUAAAUGGCUUAAAUUUGUGCUAAUUACUAUUGAUGUAAGAACCUGUUUAGGCUAACUUGGCAAAAUGCAGGUUCCUACUCAUGGGUUUUUACUGUAUUUUCAUAACAUAUUAUUAUUAUUUUGUUCAAAUGAAGGCUUUUCCUCCCUCUCAUUGCACGGGAAAUGAUUCAAGUUCUUCACGUUGGUAGCAGCUCCAAUGAGACAAAUUCCUGGAGCAUGUUUGGUUUUUUGUAUGGCACAUUUCCUGCUGCACCAUCCUCAGCCAUAUUUGCAGCUAAGUUUGGCUUUGAAGAGGAGCUGGUAAUUAAGUGUUAUUUGUGUCAUAAGUGACAAAUAUUUCCUAAUUGAUGUUUUAUUUCGUAUAUUAAUUUUUUGAGUAAGGAACUUUUUCAGUCUGCCUUUCAAUCUGUGGUGUUUACUAUCAUUACUUGUGAAAUUCAAGUGGGCAGAGUCUAUAAAAUUAUUUAAAUUACAGCUAUAGCAUAAUUUUCAUAAUGAUCUUAUCUUGUUGUUUCGGUCACUUGAGGACCAAGAGACGUCCUUCCAAGAUUGACUUUAUUACUGUGAUAUGAACUUAAUUAAAUUUGAUAGUACUAAUUAAUUUUUCCUUUAUUGACUCACCACAAACCCACUGGGAAUGUAUUUUUUUAAUCAGUGCUUUUUUCAACUUAAUUUGUAUUCUUGGUGAUCUAUGCAUUUAAACUACUCAAUUGCUUUGUACAAUAUUAUUUAUUGGUUCAAUAAUAAUUAUAGUCUCAGUGAACUGUUGGCAGAACUGCUAUUUUGAUAACGAAACAUGAACUAUUUUAUUAUUUUUGUUCAAUAUUACAGAUAACAAGCACAAUGGUGAUGAGUACUUUCUUGUCAGCUCCACUCAUGUUCAUUUCUGCUCAGAUGUCACUCUUACAUUACAGUGCUAAAACUGCCAUUGAUUUUAUACGUGUGUUGAAAGAUGCCAUGGUUGAUGUCAGUGGUACCUCACUUCCUUUUGGAGUAAGUCAUUCCUGUAUUGCAUACAGAUUCCUUUUGGCUGCUGAAAGGAGAUUCAUAGUCCCUUUGUGUCUGUGCUGUUCUCGCCCUCUGGCAUUCACUAUAAUACAGUGCCACUUGAGGCCUUUUGGCUUGCAUGAUCUUGAAAUGGUAGAAUCAAGUCAAAAACAGUGUAAGAUGUUUAAAGGGACAUAGCCAGCUGAUGCACAUGUGCAUUAGAUACCAUUUUUCGUUGAUUUGCAUAUCACAAAACAAUGAUGCGGGUGAAACUGAAAGAGAACACAUGCUUUGGAAUAUGUGAACAAAUCUUGUGGAGUUGAACUAAAUUCAAGUCCAAAUCGUGAUUACAGACCUUAAAUCUUAUCAGAGCACUUUAAUACUUACUUAUUUAUUAUUUUAUAUACCAAUGGUAAUUCACGGAUGCACUUGUCCACGGAAAGCCAAACAUCGACAAAUACUUCCGAAUGCGAAGAAUCAAAAUAUAUCCAAAUAUAUAUAACUUAUCUCCAUUGAUUUUCCAUAUAUAAUGAUGACUUGCUUUGCAAUGUUAUUGAGACAUUUCUCUUGUUAUUUUGGUAAAUGAAAGUAAUUUCUCCCGCCCAGUGCCCACACAUUUCUCACCUCUUCUUUCAAGUUCCUUUGGAUAUUGUGUUUAACCAAGUGCAAUAAAAUAAUUUGAUAGGAUGAGUAGUUUGCUGAAAAAGAGGUUUUCAGUAAAAGAGUGAGGAUCGAAUGAAAUUAAACUAGGCCAGGCAAGAUUGAAGUGGAUUUCUAGAAGUGUUUGAUGCACACAUUUGAUUUUGGGUUGAGGUAAAUUCUUUUCAAACUAACAAAAGUAGUGUCCAGGUCAGUAUGGUCCCAUAGCUGACUGUGUCCAUUUAAUGGUAGUAAAAACGAAAAAAGAGUAAAAUGUUGAUAAUAUUACUUGCUGAAGUCUUUUUACAAUACAUUGGACCUCUUGGCUGUUGAAAUAACAUAAUUAUACAUAAAUCUUUUUUAUUUGAACAGAUAUGGGUUUUUGUUGUCUUAUUCCUUGGAAGGCGUUACAGGAUUUACCCUCAUAAUUACACAAUGUGCCUGAUUGUGUUUCAGGUAUGAAAGAGUUAUUUCUAAUAGAUAAAUGUGAAGUUUUUAAAUUUAAUCAUUUCAACGUCAUUUUUAAUCCAGUUGGUGAAAACCUCUCUUCAUGUUUUUCAACUCUGUGCCUUACAGUAGUUGUAGUUGACUUUUGUAAUAUUGUGCUUUGUUUUUAUUAGAUUAUAGCAUGCGUCUCAACAAUUCUUUCAAGGGUUCCUUGCACUUCUCAGUACUGGCUGUUGUUUGUGACCAUUUUGUUUUUUUAUGGACUUUGGGGAUCUCGUUGUUGGGCAGCCAUGAUUGCAUUCUCCUUAUGUGUUGUGCGAUGUAAAGGUGCAAAGGCUGUUGAUAACCUCAGAGUAUGGAUUUGGCUCUUUGGCUCUGGGUAAGCUCCAUGUUACAGAUAUAAUGCUUGCAUGCUCAUAACUAAAGAAUUAUUUAUAGAGAGUCCAUCUGUGAGGGUCACUAUUUGUUAACUGAACUGUUAUUUCUUUUGAUCAGUUGUAUAAGAAGGGAAAUUAGGGCAAACAAAGUUUUGAAGUAUAAUCUUUAUUUAGUGGGGCUGUGGUAGCUAUAAGUUUUCCAGAGGUACAAACAGUUUUCCAAAUCAACCUGGGUUCGUCUUUUAAGUCUUUUUCACAUGUGUGACUUGAUUACAUUUCCAAUUUUUAAUGGUAUAGUGAAGACUGUGUUCACCUGGCAACAUUUACAGCUCUGCAAGUGUCAAAAUAAUGCAAAAAAACCUCCGGCAUUUUGUGGGAAAAAUUAUUUGGGAUAGGUUGCCUGCAGGGGAUUUAUAUGGGAAUUACAUGAUGCACCCUUUUCCAGCUAUGCCUUAUCCAACUGGUGGUCUAUUAUCAAUGCUGCAUUCUGAUUGGUUGAGCUACUACUAGGCUAUAUGUUAUAGCCCACUAGUAGCGAAAAGUGCGGGCUUUGAAAACCAAAGCAAUGGCGGCUGAAUCUCGUUUUGCUAGCUCAAGUUGUUUUGUCUUGAUAUUUUUGACGAACCAGUUGGAUUUUACUAAGAGAAUUAUUCUUCUCGCCCUCAUGGCCCCUGAGUCAAUAGCCCACUCGGGCUUGAGGAAUAAUUGUUAAUUAUUUUAUCUUCUUUUAAGUCCCUUGCUUUACUUUUUAAUUUUGGCUUUUUGUUUUUGGUUUUAUUUGCUUUUGACAUUUUUCCAGUGGGUAUCAUCGUGCAGAGAAAGUACUGUCUGAUAGCCGGGGAGUAGUGUAUUUUGCUAUUGGGCUAGUGAAUUCUGUUCUUAACUUGCCUGAUGGGCAAGUGAAGUUUUUUGAGGAAUUCAGAUUGUGUAAGAACUGUGUAAUUAAUCCUGCUCAUCAAAAAGUCUUUGGAGCUAGUUGAAAUGAAUUUUGGGCUACUGGCAAUACAUACUAGCUACAGCUUGCCCAAAUAGCAACUGUAAAACUGACUUUUGUUGCACCCUGGGUACAUGUUGUGUGUACUGGGUAUACAGGUAGCUAUGCCCGUGUUGACAUGUAGUUGGUGACCAGACCUAAUAUUAUUCUAAAACAGGCUUCAAAUAACGACAGGUUUUUUUGACAAAAGGGGUAUAGCAGGCAGGGUGCAGUUAACUUUCCCACUGAUCAACCUAUCUUAAGAGGUGCCUCUGCAAGUUAUUCUUGUUGUCCUUAUUAUGGCAUGAUAUUUCUGCACAAAAAUUGAGGCUAUUAUUUACUAAACCCUUCAUUACUGACAAGAGUCUUUAUCUAGGUUUGCCACAUCUUAUGAUAGUUAUUACCUCUGUGUGCUGGCUGAAUUAUAUUAUGUAGUACUAAAUUUAUCACUGUCAGGUGUCAUUGUUAAUCUUGUCUUUGUUUACUAAAUUGACAGAUUGCCUGCUCUUUCUUGUGGGAUUGCUGUUGCACUACUACAUUCUUCUUAUAGUAAAUACAGGCAAACUCCUUUGUUCUUAUUCAACAUCUUAAUGGAAGUAAGUAUACAGUUUUUUAUAGCUUCCCUCAGACUAGAUUGAAUUAGAUGUCAACAACUUAAGUAAAAUAAUGUUAUGGAUGAUUAAAAGAGGUUGUAUGUGAGGUGAGUUUUUCACAACUAAAUGCUACAGUUUUGGUUGUCAUUAGUUUUUAAAAUGGGAAACUGCUUAAUUAGUUGUUAACAAAAAAAGGAAAUUUGGUUCAAGACAAAUCGUGGUUUGUACAAUCUUGAAAAGUCCUUGAAUUCGGUUAAGGUUCUUGAAAAGUCGUUGAAAUUGACAACCUUGCCUACACCAGACACCUUUUUCUGCAAAAUUAGAUUAUUUUGCCGAGAAACAUUUGGCUCAUCCCCGGUAUAAGAACCUGUGAAACUCACUGGUAAUAUAAAAACAUUUUGAUGCAAAUUGCAAGUCAUACCCAGACGUUUUGCAAAGAAUUGUCGCGGAAAGUAGUAUAAAAUAAUGUGAUCAACGAUGGCCGACAAAGGACAAAUCGUAAAUGACUCCAUUACGUAUUUUAGCCAAUAGGGUGAUAAAAGUUGGUUAAAGACUGCCGAUUUAUGAAAUAAAUCUUAGUCGACCCUUGAAAACUGUAAAUUGUUCUUGAAAAAUCCUUGAAAAGUCCUUGAAGCAAAAUUCUGGUCUCUCCUCUAAAACAUAGAUCCCGCAUAUUUGAACACUUUAUUUUCUUGUUGGCCUCCUAAGUUUGGACAACUAACAACUAUUUAUAUGAAAAGAAAAUCCUCGGAAAAAAUCAAAGAUUAGGAUUGCAAUAAUUAUUGGAUAUCAAUUAUUUGAAAUUGAUUUCUUGUAUUAUGUAUUGCACUACGUCACAAAAAUUCGUCUGCUGGAUGGGAAUGACUGUAGAUAACAGACAUACCUUGGUACCUCGUGUAUUGGACCUAAAGAAAAGCGUUGCGAACAAAUUAGAAUUAUUAAGACAUUCUCGGUUUUUACCUAAAGAUUUCCUACAAAAAUUCUGCUUCAGUGUAAUUUUUCCAUUUAUAAUGUGUGGUCUUAUCUUGUGGGGGACUUGUUGCAAUUCCAAUAUUAUUAGCUCAAUGAAUUGAGCGUCUCCACCGCAGGGCCUCCAGAAUUAUUUAUAAUUUACCGAAGGACAUGGCAGCAAGUCAUGCGCUGAACUUAACAAAUUGGACCACAAUCAGACUAAACUACAAAUUGAAAAUAAUUAAACUAUUUUUCAACGCAAAUAAUUAUAUCCUUCCACAUGCCCUUGUAAGAGAAUCUUUAGCAAGAGAGAAAGUUCUUACUCAUUACCGGUCAGGACAAUGCUUUCAUUCUGAGAUACAACAGAAGAUUCAUGAGAGACUCAUUAGGCUUUCGAGGGUCAGCUCUUUGGAGUUUAGUUAAUUGUAAUGAUAAAAUAGAUAUGCCAUAUUUUAAGGAAAUCAAAAGACUACUCACUACUAAGGAUUAUUUUGUAAACUUUCUCUUCGACGGCACAAGUGCGUCUGAGUACAACUCGAUAUAGAGAUUGUAAUUACGUAUAACUUUUAGAAAUUUAAGUUAAUAUUUUUCGUUGUCAGAUAAAUACUUUGUUUUUAGCUUUGUAAUUUAGUAUUUUUUGUAUAUAUUGCAUUAAUGUAUUCUAGUUAGUAUGUAGUAUACACAACCCCACAAGCUUUCUAGCUUUAACUUUUAUCGUGUCAAAAUAAAGGUUUUAUGUUAUGUUACGUUAUGUUACACCUGCAUAAUUUAUCCUGAUAUUUUGCACCUUCUGUCAGAAGACCUGAUUUGUGAAGUAAAGCUUAAGCAGUUACUAUCAGUGCUUGUUCUUAUCAGGAGGUCUGUGUGGUUUGUUUUUAGAUGCCAGCCAUGGUAAUUGCAGUGUCAUUGCUGAUUCUCUGUGCUGUAAUCAUAGUAGUUUCAUUGGUAUACCUUUACCGCCAUGAUCUUUAUUGUAAGUGUUCACGGAAAACUCGGGCUCAGUGCGGCAAUGUUCAGCAGGAGCCUGGUGAGGGAAGUCCAUUACUAUCAAGAAAGGAACUUGACAGGCAAGGAUCACUUCGCACGUCACUAGUGUUGUUUACAUAUUUUUACACGUAGUUGUUGCUGUAAAUGUUUUCCUUGGUCAAACUUUUAAAUUUACAAUCAAAGAGUUUCAGAUGUGAAAAAAAUUUGUUAACCGCGGUAUCCAGUGCUCUGUUAAACUAGCUUCUGAAUCAGAUCAUUAAUUUAUCUUGUAAAAUUCCUUCCUGGUACGGUUAUUCAUUUCAGUUAUGACUAAUUAAUAGGUAGUAUUUGAGUCAUAUUUAGAAUUGACUUUUUGUAAUAAUUUUUUCAUAUAUGGGCUUUACAAGGUCAGCAAAAGGCGAGCCAUUGUAAACACCCAUACAGGUGUCCUUCUCAUGUUUUUUUUAGUGCAUACUGUAGCUGUAGAAGGGAUGAGAUCUUAUCCUGAACAUAAUGUUGUUUGCAGGUGUUAUCGGUGUUUGGAGAUAGAUAAAUUAACCAGCAAUCAGCGUGAUACUUCUGCUUGUUGUCAGCCAAAUGAAUCUUCAAAAUGUGAAGGUUGUGAGAUUGAUCAGCCUGCAAUAGGAGUUGUAAACAUUGAGGACAUUGAUGAGUCAACAUGUCUCAUAAAACGGAAGCAGUAUCAAUCCACAGAUCCAACAGAAAGUCCUACUAGUGGUAAGUAAUCUAUUUUCUCUUUACAGUCUUACUGUAGGAUACCCGCCAGCAGAGGCUACAUUUUCGCGGUAUGAGCUACUUUUCGCAUGCCAGCUCUACGGACCGUAUAUCACUUUUGCGAUCCGUACGGUCCGUACGGAUCGACAAACCUUAUGUGACCUCUCCAAGUCCCACUAAUGAGAUGCAGUUUACGGACGGUAAACGGCCCUUUAGUUUACGGACUGUAUGCCAUUUUUAAAACUUUACGGUCCGUACGGAUCGUAACAUGGAUAAUACGGACCAUUACAGUGCGGGUGUAUUGGACAACCCUCAAUAAGCACACUGGCUUUGUUUAGUCUAGUCACGUCGGGGAACAACUUUUCUAUGAUCUCAUAGACUGAGUUGGUCUAUGGAAUCAUAAUGGCUAUUUGUAAGUUUGAGAUGCGUAGUUUGUUCAUGCUAAUGUUCUGUUUUAUUGCUGUGUAUUUGGUCUAGCAAAAUGUGAAUAUUGUUAUCAUGACCCACUUAAUCAGCCAUUCAAGAAUGGGCUACUUCGUUAUAGGAAAUAAACGCGCGUGAUAAUUUUAAAAGGUACUUUAACUUAACAAUAUUAAUUUUCUUCUUUUGCAGAAGUUGAGGCCAUAUUUGGAGGAAAAAGUGUGGAAAUGGAUCUGAAAGUAGACGAGUACUUAACAGGAGAGAAACACCAACUGGGCCGUCACGUGACUAUGUUGGUUAUAAUGCUAUUCACGAUUAUAGUUGUAAGUACAUUAGCUGUUCAGCCUGCGAAUACAGCUAUCUCUCCUCGCUGCACUUUCCUCGCCCCUAGGGACGGCCCGGGAGAGAUUCUGCAGAGAUUUUACGUCAUCAGUUUUGGAUUUCUGUUGUUGAGGCGCAGGCUUCUUUCCCGCCACUGGCGAGCGACACGUCAGGCUCGGUACAUGUCCUUAGCGGCGAGGAGCAAGGGCAGAAAAUGUAUUUGCAGGCUCGUAACUGUUCUGUGGGUAUUUGAAUGAUUGAUCGCUGAUAAACCUAAACCAGCUUAAGCUUAUUUUGUCACUUAUGAAUUUUGCAUCAGAUUUGGAUUCAUUGUAAAGAAAAAUACAAAAUAUAUGGAUAUAUACUAAUAGAAAAUACAUAGGUCUAAUUAAAAGUGUCUACUAAACCCAAGCAUAUUCCUAAUAGCGGUUUAGAGCAGUCAGUCAAUCGAAGGUGUGUCGAUUUGUAUGUGCUAAUCAGUGAUCGUUUUUUAUUAGGGUGUGUUUCUUGCAUUAUGGUGUCUUCUUAAGGAAGACGACAAGUCAGGAAUCUUCAUUGCGUUGCAAAUAGCUGACGCCUUCUGUGUAUAUGGACAGGUAAACUUUUUAAUUAUAAUCAACCUUAAUGUUGAAAGAGUGCGAUCACUUAGCCACACUGCAGUUUAGUCGAUUCGCUAAAUUAUAAACGUAGAAUCGACGAUAUGAAUAUUCCAGCUCAAUUUGGUCCCAGAGGAUUUUCUUGAAAUUUUUCUCGGCGUGAGAGAGAGCGAGCGGUGAAGCGGCGAGGAGAGAAUGAGGAUGGAAACUGAUUCUGUUUUGGCAAGAUGUAGGAAAUCGUUUGCUGUAACUGGUAACCUGAGCAGACAGAAAACCUGGCAAAUGUCCCGCUUCUUGACCUCAUCCUUGAAUUGAUCUCUUUAACGUAUAUCUUUUAUUUCCUAAAUGGUGCUAAUUGAGUGGAGAGAGGAAAGGAAGAAGGUUGUAGUAUUUGUGACGUUUAUUACGGGUUGUUUUCUAAGCGCAGCAGUUGAACAUGAAGACCAUUAAUCAUACACUGUGACUACUGUCUGUUUUUCUUAUUCUACAGGCUUUUGUUGUUUUUGCCUGCUUUGGUUUUGAGAAGCAACUCAUCAUCAUUCCCUUCUUAACCAGGUAACAUUCCGUGAAAAUAAUUCUUCCUUGCAAAAUUAUUUCUUACUGGAAAAAGAGUAAACUGAAGUUGGUUAUAUAGCUAUUUUCCGCGUGUGUUGUUCUUCUUUCGGAGAGAUAAGGGAAAAAGAUCACUUUAAAAAUCGCCACCCCGAUUGGCCCACCUCAGAUGGAAGGAGGGGACGGGGCUAACUCCAAAUACAUCAUAAACUACUAGGACUAGUGCCUGUCAUGUAUUGACGAACGCGCGACAAUCCCCGACACUUCCCAUCUGACCGAAUGGUUUUUUUUGUCAUGGAUUUUUCAUACAUCAUCUUGUUUCAUUUUGUGUUUGUUAGGUGGCGUAAAUUUUGGUAUGGUACUGAAGUCAUCACUUUACCAAAAACUGCUGAUCUUGAUGCCGACGUUGUUACACUUUGCGAUCAGUUUAAGCGCUACCACAAACAAAACUGUCAGCGGUCUGUUGUCAGUGACUUAAGGUAUGUUUAUACUUAAUUCUUUAAUAGUGCUCACUCCAGUGGACUUAAUACAUUUCACCCAGUGUUUUCUUGCCAGUGAACAUUGCAAUUUAAACACUGCAGCAAGAGUUUGUGGGCCGCUGGAAAAUUGUCAUUCUUUUGUUUAUAUAAAUAUCGUAAGAUCUGGUAAGAUCCUACGUCAAUAGGGACAACUUACAGUUGCUGUUGAUGACUAUUUGUUUGGCUUGAAAGGCAACACUUGUGAUUUCGUUUUUGCAGUAUAGUGAAACUGUUACAAGUAAUAAAUAAUAAAGUCUCCAUUUUUUUAUUAAACCGAUGAUUCUAACUGAGUCCGCUGUACCAAGCGCACGGCUAUUAGGCCUGGUUUCGACACUAUAUCCCAAUCACAUGGCGCGCAUGCUCAACAAAGAUCUUACACGAUUCAUGUAGAGUCUUUCUCGAGUACACCAAAAGAAAGGCUCUACUGGCAGUGUGGCAUCAUCUGCGCAUCAAGAUAUGGUCAUCUUGAGUAACCCACGUGGUUCGUAAUGGCUAACCGUAAGCAUUGGUUUGACUCGGUGCUUCGAGAACAAAUAUGAGCACUGUAAUGUUAAAUCGGUUCGACUCACCAUUCGCACAGUUUUGUUAAAUGUUUGAUGGUUUGGAGCAGCGUGCCUUCAUUGUAGUAACACUAAGGAAUCUGAGGUUUAACAUAUCAUGCGACAUUUUUUUAUUGACGACAAAAUAACAACAUUUAUAUGCAGCGCAUAAUAAAAAAUACGUAAAUAAAUGAAUAAUUAACAAAACUUAUUACAGCCUUUACAUGAAGCUCACGCGAAGCUUAUACAUACACAAAAAAGUGAAUAAACAAAUAAAAAAAUAACAAUAAGAACAAAAAGUAUUAGAGAAUAAAAGCGUGCCAGUUGUCACACAUUUAAUGUUGUUUGCCACAACUUUCAAUGCGACAUUGUUCCAAAAGCUUACGCAAGUAUUUCUUUUGCAAUAAUACCAAUAGACGAAGUCUGUUUAUGGAAACUGGAUUUGACAUUUGCAAUGUAAAGGAGUCUUCGAACGUGUUAAAUAAAUUUUGUUUGUUUGAAAGUUUAACGUUCUCCUUAUGAUAAUCAUUAAAGCACCCUAAAUUUUUGGAAAAGAAUUCAUUUGACUGUUGACAAUGUAUAAAGGUUUGUACAAUUGAAUCUGGAUUGAAGCAGAAAGGACACUUGUCAUCAGAGGGCUAUUUAUAUUUCAGUGGUUCUUUCUUGAUCGUAAUUAUUCUGUGCAUAACUUUAAAAGAACGUGUGAUGCCAAAAAAAAAUCUGGUAAUAACGUGAACGCCUGAAAAAAGGAAGGAUGAAAACAAACAAACAAAAUAUUUCUAUAUUUUGUUUGUUUGUUUUCAUCCUUCCUUUUUUCACGCGUUCAACAUAAACGCACUGGUAUAAGGUUAGGCAAUUUUAUUACAGAUUACGAAACCGUUUGAUUUUGUUACAAUUUAGCAAAUGUCUAACAUCCCUUUUCUUUUGUGAAUUUGAAAAAUGAACAAUAUGUUUCUUUUAUCUUUUCUUUUAUUUAGAUACCGACUGCGCAAAUACAAGUCUGUUUUUCGCGGUGAUCGACUAGUGAACUGGUUACUAGAAGUUGGACUUGCCACUGACCGACAAGCUGCAGUGCAUUACGGGAAUUGUUUGAUCCUUGGACGUGUGAUAUAUCACGUGACCCAGGCUCAUUUCUUUUAUGAUUCGCCGUACUUGUAUCAGUUCCGUGAAAAAAGUAGUUCACUCCAAGAUGAGGUG